UCUCUUCUCCUGCACAGUCGUUCACUCGCCAACGAACAGUAGACGUCGGCCAUAUUGUUUCGCGAUUGUGUUUGUUUUGGUGCGACCUCGCCUUGUUCCUGAAAAAUCUGCCACGAUUUUGCCAGAAACCUCCUCAGAGAGACUCGCCCUUUAACGUAGUACACGUGAACCCCUCGACACUGCAUUUUUCAUCGUGAAAUUUGCCGUUCCAUCCAAGUGCCAAGUUCCCCGUUUCUCUGUGUCAGUGUCGCAAGUCUCGACUCGCACGGGACAGGAAUCGUGAGCUCGAGAAAUGGCCUGCGCCACCCUAAAAAGAUCUCUGGAAUUCGACCCUGUUCACAGCCAUGGACGUCCAAGCAAGCGAAGGAGAUGUGCCCCCAUGUGCGUUUCGCCCGGAAGUUCUUCGCAGAGCGUCGCAAAGAGCCAAAAUCCCUCGCCAUUUGGUGAGGUUUCUCAGAAAUUGACGCCUGAAAAAAUGGCAGCGAACAUUCGAGAGGAAAUCCGUCGAAUGCACCGGCGCAAACAGCUGCACUUCAAUCCGCAAGGAAACAGUGGCGACUCUUCAGAUAUGGAAGGUUCAUCAAAUCCUUCCAGUCCAUCCGCUUGUGGUUCAAACACCUACAGUAGCACUACAUCUAACAAAGAGAAACCUCUUUUCACAUUCAGACAGGUGGGUCUGAUCUGCGAGCGGAUGUUGAAGGAGCAAGAAAUACAAAUUCGAGAAGAAUACGACCAGAUCUUGACCAUGAAGCUUUCCGAGCAAUACGAAUCUUUUGUCAAAUUCACCUACGAUCAAAUUCAAAAAAGAUUCGAAUCCGCAGCUGCUCCAAGUUAUCUAUCCUAAGUAGGAUUCUAACUCGUAAGAAUACGUUUCUGUGAGAAAAUAUUAGAUUUGUACUGCGUGAGAUAAAUUUUGCUUGAACGUAACGCAGAGCCUCUUGUGCAAAUCCUCGAUAAUGACUGGGGGUCUCAUUUGAAGAGCGUCAAUUCGCGAGAAACAAAAUUUGGAGCAAGAAUGUUUAGUGAAGUAAGUUUAGUAGACUUUGCGAUAAACAGCGAUCACCCUAUGGAAAUCCACAAUGUAUACUAGUGAAACUAACGAUAUUUGUACCGUCUGGUGUUAGAAAUGCGCUGAUAUCAGGGAACUUUUCACUAAUAUCUAGUUUAGCUGCUGAAAAAUUAAAAAAAAAAAAAAUAUAUAUAUAUCGCGCAAAUCGCGACACCGAAGCACUUUUUAUAUAACCGAAUAAAAAAAAGAUAAUCUUCCAAAAAUCAAAUUAUUCAAAAUCCUCUUAAGAUUUUUGACAAGUUUUAUAUUAAAGGGAUAUUUAUGGCAGAUUGUUCAUAAAAUAUUUUUCUAAUCUGAAUCUUUUCCAAUGAAAAAAUCUGAGGAAUUUGAUUUUUUUGUUGGGAGAUUGCGCCUAAUUUGCUCAAAGCGCCAGCGGAGUCGUUAGUUUGAUAAUUUUGAGGUCCAAUUUUGAAAACUGCUUUCGAAUUAGCGUCUAAAAAUGUGGCUAUAUUUUUACAUGAUAACUGGUGCAAGCGAAAGUCAAUGGCACUGUCGAAGGACUCGAAAAGACUUUUUCUAUUAUUUAUUUUUCUAGAUUAAUCCUCGAAGCGCGAGCAAAAGUGCAACUUAGGAUAAUCGUUUUGCCCCCCCCCCCCCGUUUUUUCUUUUUCUUUAUUUUUCGCAUCAAAUUGCGCGUAGUGUGUACAAAAUAAUUGUAUAGAGCUAGGCAUUGUAUUUUCCAAAAUAAAGAAUUGAAAAAUCAAUGAUGAGGGUGAAUUCGAAAGAUUUUUUUGAAUUGAAAGAAAUUUUUCCGUUCCCUGGUAACAACGCCUCGACAAUGUAACAAAACUGACAAUGAGUAACGAAUAUCCGUAAUUUUACUGUGCCUAUUAUUAGAUUAAUCACGAAUGCUUGGUAAUUGUUAUCAAAUUUAAAAAUCGUUUUAGUUUAAGCGAAAACUUCCACCUUUUUCUGGGAAGUCGCUCUACACUGGAACAAAAGUUAGAAUAAGAAAUAUGUUUUUUUACGAUAUAUUUCGAGGAAGGAAAAAAAAUCAAACAUUUUUUUAGUACAAUGUGUAUCUUUUUUUUUUGUUUUUAUUUUUUCGUAAGACGGAUUCUUACUUCCUGAUCGAUAGGCAUUGCAUAUCGCGUCGGAUAUUAGUAUAAUUUUAGGGUAGGAUAAUUGAACCUGAAUUUUCGUUACGUGUAACAAAAUUUUAGUUUUUUUCUUGUUAGCAAAUUUUCCUAGAAGGAAACUUUUUUUUUCUUUUUUUUUUUUUUUGAAGACGUGAUGGGAAUUUGAUUCGAGGAAAGUCGAAAGGGUGCCAGGAAGAAAAAAAAAAUUGGGGAGAAAGAAGCGUCAAGCCCAAAGAAGAAAUGAAAAUUGACUGCGGAUUUAAACGUUGAGUUAAUUAUUAAAAUUGAAUUAGUUGAUAAAAAGCCACGUAACCGUUGAGGAGCGACCGAUAAUAUUUUACCAGUUAAGAGGCCAUGGUGAAAGGACACCUUGGAGGAAUUCCUUGAUCGUUCAGGGGAUUUAGUUUGAUUGUUAAAAUACCUCUAUAUUAUGUAAACACUUAUUAUUGAAAUAAAUAUAAACUUUAAGACUGAA